AUGUUUCUCUUAAAGCUUCCAGUUCUUGUUUUGUCACUCUUGUACGGUACUGCUGUGGCGUCACCAUUUUCACCAUCUGUCAGUCUGCAUCCUCGAGCAGCAUGCGACGGAAAUACAGCAACAACCAGAAAUGAGUGGUGCGAUUACUCCGUCGACACCGACUACAUGACAGUAGUUCCGGACACAGGAGUGACUAGAGAGUACUGGCUAGAGCUUACCGACGUGACCGUCUCACCAGACGGAGUUAGCCGUAGCGCGAUGGCCAUAAACGGCACGAUUCCAGGACCAACAUUAUUUGCAGACUGGGGUGACACUGUGACUGUUCACGUUACCAACUCUCUUUCUUCUUCUAACAACGGCACAUCUAUUCAUUUUCAUGGAAUCCGUCAGAACUUCACCAAUCAGAAUGACGGAGUUAGCUCUAUAACUCAAUGUCCAACAAUCCCAGGAGAUACUGCCACCUACACAUGGAGGGCAACACAGUAUGGCUCUUCGUGGUAUCACUCACACUUUGCGCUCCAAGCAUGGCAGGGUGUUCUUGGAGGUAUAGUAAUCAACGGCCCAGCUACGGCGAAUUAUGAUGAAGACCUAGGUAUUUUAUUUAUCUCGGACUGGGAUCACUCUACGGUAGACGAACUAUGGGACACAGCACAAACAGACGGUCCUCCAGUUUUAGAGACGGGGCUCAUCAAUGGUACCAAUGUCUGGGAUAAUGGUGGCUCGAGGUUCGAAGUAUCCUUUACGUCCGGAACUUCGUAUCGAUUGAGGAUCGUCAACUCCGCUCUCGAUACUCACUUCAAGUUUUCGAUUGACAACCAUACCAUGCAAGUCAUAGCAUCUGAUCUUAUACCAAUUCAACCGUAUAAUACGACUGUGCUUAACGUUGGUAUCGCUCAACGUUACGAUGUCAUCAUAACGGCUGAUCAAGCAUCGGUGGCGGAUAACUUUUGGCUACGAGCCGUUCCUCAGUCUGCUUGUGCGGAGAACGGAAAUGCAGAUGAUAUUCGUGGCAUUGUGACUUACGCGGAUGUCUCAUCCACACCAACAACCAGCGGCUACAAUACCACAGAGUUCGGGGAUUCUUGCGAUGAUGAGACCUCUAACCUAGUUCCAUACGUUAGCAAGACAGUAGGAAGUGCUGGAUCCUUCACCAACGAAGAGGCUAGCAUUGCAAUUAUCAAUAGUCUCUUCCGGUGGACUUUGAACAGCACUUCUAUGCUGGUUGAUUGGGCAAACCCGACUCUCGCGCAGGUCAUCGAUGGGGUAACUGAAUUUGAAACCGACGACUCUGUUAUAUCACUACCAACCGCCAAUGAAUGGGUAUAUCUGGUAAUCCAAACCGACCUUGCUGUGCCUCAUCCUAUCCAUCUACACGGCCAUGACUUUUUUGUCCUCGCCCAAGGAACUGGCUCAUAUAGUACUGACAUCACUCUGCAAACGGACAACCCGCCUCGCCGAGAUACAGCGAUGUUGCCCCCUGCUGGGUAUCUAGUUAUGGCUUUUGAGGCAGACAACCCUGGUGUUUGGCUUAUGCACUGUCAUAUCGGUUGGCAUACAAGUGAGGGCUUUGCAUUGCAAUUUGUAGAGAGAUACGACGAAAUUGCAAACAUAACCGAUACUGACACCCUGACCGACACUUGCUCAAGUUGGUCAGCAUUCCAAGCUUCUGAGGGCAUCGAGCAAGGGGACUCCGGAAUUUAA